AUGGCACCGCCCGCGCCGCCCCCUACGCCGCUCGCGUCCGCGGUGACGACGUUCGGGAAGGACCUCGCGUGCCCGAUAUGCAUGUCGCUGUUCGACGGCGCGGUGCGGACGCGUUGCGGGCAUUACUUUUGCGAGAAGUGUCUGCAGGGAUCGCUCGCGGUCAAGCCGCGGUGUCCGCUGUGCAAAGAGACGUGCCGGCGACGCGAGAUCUCCGCGGACGACGCGAUGCGGCGGCUGGUGCAGAACUACCGAAAAGUGCUCGUCGCGACCGAGUGCAGGACGGCGUACUGGUCGCAGAUGCCGCCGCCGAGGACGAAGGCGUGA